CGGCGCCAACCUGCAAUGAGCAUGCGCGGCCCAGCCUGCCCCGCGGUCACCGCGUGCUGCUGUGGGGGGCUUCCGGACCCAAAGACUGGGCCGGGGGUCCGCGAGGGUGGCGGGCCCCGGAGCUCGACCAGCCCACCUCAAGAUUAGAACUAUAAAGAAAACCUGAUGUGGCCUUUCUGGUUUGUCCCAAGCCGAUUAUUUUCCCAGAUGUAUUGUGGCCUGAAGCCUCCAGCCUCCACACAAAUCAAGAUUUGCCUGACAAUGGCUCGUCCAAGUUCAAGUAUGGCCGAUUUUCGGACAUUUUUUGCAAAAGCAAAGCACAUAGUCAUCAUUUCAGGGGCUGGUGUUAGUGCCGAAAGCGGGGUUCCGACCUUCAGAGGAGCCGGAGGUUAUUGGAGAAAAUGGCAGGCUCAGGACCUGGCGACCCCACAGGCCUUUGCCCACAACCCGUCUCGCGUGUGGGAGUUCUAUCACUACCGGCGCGAGGUUGUGCGCACCAAGGAGCCCAAUCCUGGGCACCUCGCGAUUGCCGAGUGUGAGGCCCGGCUAGGCAAACAGGGCCGACGGAUCAUGGUCAUCACCCAGAAUAUUGAUGAGUUGCACCGCAAGGCUGGCACCAAGAACCUUCUGGAAAUCCAUGGUAGCUUAUUUAAAACUCGAUGUACCUCUUGUGGAGUUGUGGCCGAAAAUUACAAGAGUCCAAUUUGUCCAGCUUUAUCAGGAAAAGGUGCUCCAGAACCUGAAACUCAAGAAGCCAGAAUCCCCGUUGAGAAACUUCCCCGGUGCGAAGAGGAAGGGUGCGGAGGCUUGCUGCGACCUCAUGUUGUGUGGUUUGGAGAAAACCUGGAUCCUGCCAUUCUGGAGGAGGUUGACCGAGAGCUCACCCUCUGUGAUUUAUGUCUAGUGGUGGGCACUUCCUCUGUGGUGUACCCAGCUGCCAUGUUUGCCCCCCAGGCGUCUGCCAGGGGAGUGCCAGUGGCCGAGUUUAACAUGGAGACCACCCCUGCCACAAACAGAUUCAGGUUUCAUUUCCAGGGACCCUGUGGUACAACUCUUCCUGAAGCGCUUGCCCCUCAUGAAAAUGAAACUGUUUCUUAAGUCUCCUAGGAAAGAGAAAAUAUAGUAUGUCUAAGAACU